CACAGUCCCAGACACAGCCAGCGAGACGUCAACAACAGAGAGCUGGUUGCUGGUGAAUUGUGAGAGUAAUUACAUUGUAACGACUCGUGUUCAAGGUUAUUACUUUGUAUCAACUACGUUCGAUUUGCAUCAAGAUGUUUGGCUUUCACAAGCCGAAGAUGUACCGGAGUUUAGACGGCUGUUGCAUCUGCCGCGCCAAGUCCUCCAGCUCGCGCUUCACGGAUAGCAAGCGGUACGAGAAGGACUUCACGAGCUGUUUCGGAUUGUGUGAAACUCGGUCUGGUGAAAUCUGCAAUGCCUGUGUACUCCUUGUGAAACGAUGGAAGAAACUCCCAGUGGGGUCUAAGAAAAGCUGGAAUCAUGUGGUUGAUGCUCGAGGAGGCCCCAGCCUGAAGAUGUCUUCCAGGCCAAAGAAGCUGAAGUCCCUCUCCAAGAGAGCCAGGCCAAGAGAGAUCAGCCGACUGCAGAAAGAGCUGAAGAGAAACAACUCUGAUGCCCACAGCACCACGUCCAGUGCCUCGCCGGCCCAGUCUCCCAGCUACAGCAACCCCUCAGACGAGGGCACUGACACAGAACUCUCCCCUGGCUCCAGCCGUUCCCCUGUCUUCUCCUUCCUGGACCUCACUUACUGGAAGAGGCAGCGGGUGUGUUGUGGGAUCAUCUACAAGGGCCGGUUUGGGGAGGUGCUCAUCGACCCCCACCUCUUCAAGCCCUGCUGCCGCAAGAAACAACAACGGCAGCGGAAGGAGCUGGAGGAGGAGGAGGAGGAAGGGUACGAGGAAGAAGAGGUGGAGGUGGUAGAAGUGACGGAGGAGGAAGAGGAGGUGAAGAGGUCAAACAGCCAGAAGAGCUUAGAGACUCCUCAGCUACAGGUCACCAUGACAACACCUCAGACCGUUGAGGAGGGAGACUGGUGACGCUGCACCACAGUGUGUGCAUCUUUGAGGAAGCCUUGGGAGUGCUUCUGGUUUACAAGCGCUUAUAAAAAUGAGUUAGGUCUGAUUUCCUUCAGUCAACGAGCAGCUGAAACCCAUUUUGACUCUUUUUUUUUCAGUAAUUUUGUUUGUUAGUUUGGUAACUUGUGGACUGACUAAACCAUCAGGUCUUAUACUUGGUAUUCUCCUUGUCCUGGGUUCAUGUUCGUUAGGCCGGGCAUGCAACGGAAAAUUAGCUUUUCUUAUUGGGCAAGUCAUGUAGUACCUACAUGUUGCAAAUUUUCGAACACCUUUCUUGGUGUGUUUUUCUCCUUGACAUGAAAUGCUGUAGCUCUGACUGAUCACCAGCAUACCUUUUACAGGUUACAGUCGUACAGUAGCACUUGUAUUAUACUGAAACACAUUUGCAUUUCUACCAUUUUUUAAAUUGAUUCUUUAUAUGGGCCUGUAUAUAUUUAUAUAUCGGCCUCGGUUGAGAAAGGCCUAUUCACAGCACCAACAGUCAAUACACCACCAACAGCCAAUACACCAGCCUUAAUUUAGUGAGUGAAGGCAGCGCCAGUGUUUAGUCAGUGUUGGUACUAAGGGAUGAUAUUAAAGGGACAUUUCAAAAAGGUUCAACUUGACAUUUAUUAUCUCCAGCAUCACCCCAACAUCAACAUAUUUAAAAACGGCAGGUGUCUAUGUUUUGUAGUCUAAAGGACGCACACCAUCUGGAUUCCGGAUGAAAAACGUUUGACAUCGUGAAUCUUUUUAGAAACAAUUAUGAGCAGGCAAAGGUUAGGAAACUAACUACCUGAUCAUGUCAAAAGUGUUUCUGGAUUAAAUCAGAAACACUUAUCGUCCUCUAUCUUUAUAACUACACAACAUUGAAGUGUGAUUUUUUUCUCUUCACAUUUGUUGAGGUGGCGCUGGAGACGAUGAAUAUGAUGUUGAAAAUUGUGAAAUGUCCCUUUUGAGACAUAAUAGUUAGUGCAAGUUUGAGUUUUCUCCUGCUUAUUAUAUGUUAAUGGAGGCCUUAGGCUUUCAAAAUGAAGAGAAGCAACACAUUAGUGAGUUUUGCAUGAAUGCCGACGAAAAUAACCCCUCUCAUCCAAAAUAUCUGUAGAUCAGAUGCAUAAGUCUAAUAAGCUAUUGCAUGGCCUUAAAAGCAUAACUACAAUUUUUGUGGAAGUCUUUUUCGUAUUUUCCAGACAUAAUGCCCCGAAGCCACAAAGUAUUGUUUUAUUUAAAAGGGGGAACAAAUUCGCAAAAUUGUCUCAUCUGCUGUAUUAUACACCAGCAAAUACAAACGUGACCAGUUCAGAUCAUGACCUAUUCCUUCUAGAGUUCUAGAGCGUGGUAAACUUUUAUACUAGAGUUUUUCUUACUGUCAGUAAGGGGACAGGAUGAUGUAAUUAACACACACACACGUUUUGUUCUUCUAUCCUCGUGGGGACCUAACAUUUAUUUCCAUUCCAAAUCCAAUCCUUAACCCUUACCGUAACCCUAAACCUAACCACUAACCCCUUACCAUACAUAACUCUAAUUGUAACCCUAAACCUAACCCCUGAAUUUAAAAUAGCCUUUGUCUUCAUGGGGAUGUGGGAAAUGUCCCCACGAUGGAGAAUUUCCAUUCAUUUACUAUCCUUUUGGGGGUUUUCAAUCCCCACAAGUAUAGAAGAACCAACUCACACAUACAUACAUACAUACACGCACACACACACACACACACACACACACACACACACACACACACACACACACACACACACACACACACACACACACACACACACACACACACACACACACACACACACACACACACACACACACACACACACACACACACACACACACACACACACACAGUGUAUCUACUGCAACAACCUAGACCUACAAUGUAAUGUAUACCAUUUAGCAGACACUAUUAUCCAAAACAACUUAGUAAUGCAUGCAUACAUUUCAUGAAUGGGUGGCCUCAGAAAUCAAACCCUCUAAGUGUUCUCUCUCCACAUGAGCACAACAUUCUAAAUCUGCACCCCUGUUGUCAAUAAGUGUAUUGUUUUUUUGAUUGUUUUGAGGAAACGGUUUGCGUAUUAGUGUUUUUGUUUUUGUUUUUUUGCAGGACUUCCACAUAAUUUAAACCACAUUGCCUCUUGUGGUGCUGCAGGUGUUUCAGAUUUAAAUGGAUGGCCUACUUGUGAUACAUACAGUAUAUCAAUGCUAUUGAUCUUUAUUUAACCAUUUUAUACUUUUGAGGACUUGUUAUGUUCUGAACUUAGGAUUCCUCAUUCCUUGGUUAGUUAAGCAACCACGAUAUACUAGCAUACAUCAAACAACCAAAGCACAAUUAAAUUCAUUCAAUUUGAAAUGCAAAACUGAUCAUUUCAAUGUAUUUUGUAGGCUAUUAGUGGCAUUAAAAGGACACAAAUCUGUUUGUUUUAAUGAGCCAUAACAUAGGGAGGAUUGUAUGUAUGUGUACAUAUUUAAAUGGAGGGUGACGGCUUUGUAGUUCAGUUUUUGUUAUUUAUUUCAUAUUUAUUUGUAUUACAGCAUUUUCCCCAUAUUACUGUGUUCUGGUUUCUCACUGUAAUAACUUAAUGAUGUUACAUUCAAAGUUUGGUAGUUCUGUCAUAUGAUUAGCUUUAAUGUAGCUCUUAAACGAGCAGUGUUCUAGUCAGAAAUUCACAAUUUAUAACAGUAUUUGUGAAAUAUUGGGAUCAAUACUUGUCUUUUUUUUAAAAAUGUAUCUACAUUAACGUGUAGUAUUUUAUUAUGUUAUAAACAAACAUUUGAUUGGACCUGUACCUCCGUAUCAGGUAUCCAGCCUGUUGAAAUAUGAAUUUAAUUAGAUGUAUAUUAAUAAAACUUUAAUUUUCUCUCAUCUUUUCCCUGUGAUGUUGCAUAUGACCUGAAUAUAAUUUAAGUCGACUUAGCUUUACAUUUGUCAUUUAGGAGACGCUCUUCACCAGAGCAAUUUACAAUUGUGCAUUUCUUAAAAUAGCUUUAGUGCUUUAGCGCUACAUGCAUGUAUUGUUGCUAUGCACUUGCAUUUAUUUACCAAGUUUGCUCUAGACAUUUUGUAUUUUUAUACAUGAUGAUGUACUUUUUUUUUUUUACUAGUCUUUCAAUAAAAGUAAUUUUGUGA